AUGGCUUACGUCGACCACGCGUUCUCGAUAUCGGACGAGGACCUAAUGAUUGGGACUUCGUACACCGUCAGUAAUCGACCGCCGGUGAAGGAGAUCUCACUCGCGGUGGCUCUCCUCGUGUUCGGCACCUUAGGAAUCGUCUCCGGUUUCUUCAUGGCGUACAAUCGAGUCGGCGGUGACCGAGGCCACGGGAUUUUCUUCAUCGUGCUGGGGUGUCUUCUGUUUAUCCCGGGGUUUUACUAUACAAGGAUUGCAUAUUACGCUUACAAAGGAUAUAAAGGCUUCUCCUUCUCAAACAUACCAUCCGUUUAA